GCCCCGGCGGCGCGGGGCCGGCCGGAGGGGGGGCGCCGGCGGGCGGGAGCUUUGCAUUUUGCAGCGCCGAGCUCCGAGGGGGCGGGGGCUGCAGGAAGCGGAAAGCCGCGCCGAGCCGCCGGGGACCCGCGGCCGAGCCAUGUUGAGCCCUGCCAACGGGGAGCAGCUCCACCUGGCCAGCUAUGUGGAGGACUACCUGGACUCCAUCGAGUCGCUGCCGUUCGACCUGCAGCGGAACGUCUCGCUGAUGCGGGAGAUCGACGCCAAGUACCAGGAGAUCCUGAAGGACCUGGACGAGUACUACGAGAAGUUCAAGCGCGAGACAGACGGUGCGCUGAAGCGGCGGGCGCUGCACUGCAUCCAGAGGGCUCUGAUCCGCAGCCAGGAGCUGGGCGAUGAGAAGAUCCAGAUCGUGAGCCAGAUGGUGGAGCUGGUGGAGAACCGCACACGGCAGGUGGACAGCCACGUGGAGCUCUUCGAGGCGCACCCGGAGGUGGGCGACACCCCCGGCGGCGGCAAAGGCGGCCCCGAGAAGUCCAAGAGCGAGACGAUAGCGCAGGCCGACAAGCCCAACAACAAGAGAUCCCGGCGCCAGCGCAACCACGAGAACCGGGAGAAUGCGGCCAGCAACCACGACCACGACGACCUGACCUCGGGGACGCCCAAGGAGAAGCGGGCGAAAGCGUCCAAGAAGAAGAAGCGCUCCAAGGCCAAGGCCGAGCGCGAGGCGUCGCCCGCCGACCUGCCCAUCGACCCCAACGAGCCCACGUACUGCCUGUGCGACCAGGUGUCCUACGGGGAGAUGAUCGGCUGUGACAACGACGAGUGUCCCAUUGAGUGGUUCCACUUCUCCUGCGUGGGGCUCAGCCACAAGCCUAAGGGCAAGUGGUACUGCCCCAAGUGCCGCGGGGAGAGCGAGAAGACCAUGGACAAGGCCCUGGAGAAGUCCAAGAAGGAGCGGGCGUACAGCAGGUAGUGGGUGCUGCUGCCCGCGGGAGACGCCGGGCCCACGUUUGUGUGGAGCGGACGGCCUGUGCCUCUGCGGCCCAGAGACCACA